GGUUCAGGGGGUGAAGACGUUCUGUAAACCCAGAAGGCACGUGCAUGAGCAAGCUAUAUUUAGUAUCAGCCAUCACGCUUCUGAACGAGUUAACUUUACGCUCAUCACGCCAUCUUGAACCACAGAUACGGCGCCAUGCUGGUCUACGUGUUUCUGGCAAGCCUUCUAGGUGUCUCCGCUCAGAUACACUCUGUCUGUCACUCUAACUCGCAAGACCUCAGAGAAGAGGAAGUAGUCGCUUUGGUGGCUGACCUUAUUGACCGCAAUCAGGACAAUGUGGUUACGGUAGCAGAGAUUGUUGUUGGUUUUGCAGACAUUCUUCAAUUCAGCCUGGGAAUUUCUGAUGGCCUCGUUCUUGGGAUGAACAGUACUCAGCUCCUGGUCCUAGGGGCUCAGAUUGGGGUGGUGAUUGACAGGGAGCACUUCGUCGACAAAUGGCACAACCGGUUUGGGGAUGCAAAAGAUUUUGCGAGAGCUACCUUUGACGCUUACGAUGUGAACGACGAUGGCCAGCUCAGCCUUCUGGAGUUGGAGCAGAUUUUGGACCACCUGAUGACAGUAGUAGAUGACGGCGAUAAAAUCAUAUCUGCAAGAGAGUUCCGUGAAUACCUACUUUUCAUUUACAAGACUUGCUAACAUUGCACGUGGCUCAGUCUGCAUGAAUGCAGCCUCUAGUGAAAGAAACAAGAAGCCUUAAUUAACUGUGGAAAAAUAAAAGAUGCAAUGACUUU